GCCGAAAGUAGUAGAGCAGUGGUGCGUUCACCGCCGGGGGGCGCUAAAGGACAACCCGAGGCGCGGCCCCCUGUUUCCAGAUUCGCCGCUGAUAAAGUACCUCAGCACGAUCAGUAAACCAUGGGCAAAGUAUGCACAGGAAAAUCUGAUGUCCGUAGUAUUACAGGUUACACGUGUUCGAUCCCAUCCAAGUACCAAACGGUGGUGGUCGACAAUGAGGAGAAGAAGGGAUUCUCCUCACAGUCCAAGAGGUUCUCACUGGACACCCUGAAUGAGAACCCAGGCCCAGGAUCCUACUGCCCCCUCCCCUCGGCCGAGACCUUCAGUCCUUCCUUCUCUAAGAAGGGCACCACGAGCUUCCCCUCCAAGGUCCCCAGAGUCCCCCGCCACCACAAGAGAGGCCUCCCCGGCCCCGACUCCUACAACCUGCAGUCCUCCUCGAUCGCCAGGCACAGCUUCGGACGGGGGGCCUCCCGGGCCUUCAGAGCUCCGGUGGCGGUCCCAGUGCUGGGGCCCAAGUUCAGAACACCCGGCCCAGAUCAGUACGAUGUAUCUGGUGGUCAUCCUGGUGGAAGCUUCCAGUCAAAGGGCUCAUCUACUUUCCUCUCCAAAACCAAACGUUGCGAUUUGGCCAUCAACCCAAACCUCCCAUCCCCGUGCCACUACCAGAUCAGCUGCACUGCGACCAAGAACAGCCCGAGAGCCGCCAUGUCUCCCUUCAAAUCCAAGUCCUCCCGGUUCCCAGCUCAGGUGGAUCACCGGGUCCCGGGUCCUGGUGCCUACAACCUCCACCACAGCCCGGACCCCUUGAGGAAGCCCACCCUGCUGAGGAGAAAGGUUCUGGUGAUGGCCACGCCCGCCCGGUUGGUUCCCAAGGGCCCGGCCUACCCCGGCCCGGGUCAGUAUGACCUGGUGGACUACGAGGGCCCCUCCAGCCACCCCGGGUCCACAGCGGCCUUCCUCUCGGAGACCCGGCGCAGUCCACAGGGGGGAAGGGCCCCCCAGGCCGGGCCGGGCCCAGGUUAUUACGAACCACAGAAGUUAUCAAAGAAGUCAUUUUUGUACAACCCCAAGAUCUGGAAUCCCGUGUAAAGACCCUGAAUCUGUGGACAUGUGUUCGGUCGAGUCUCCGUUCGUGUUGUCACAUCUCUCGCAUACGGAGGCAUUCACGCACAUCCCACACACGGACACACCACAUGGUGCGUAUUAAUAGUGUACCGUAAUGCGAUGUUCAGGACAUGCUCCGUAUUCCUUGCGUCUUGACACAUUGGUUUUUAGAAAAAUAAACUAAGGCAAACGCUUA